AUGACAGACCUACAUGACGCUCUCCCCGUCCGAGAAACCAAACGCACCCGUGUUCAACUAUCUUGUACAGCAUGUAGAGCGCGCAAGCAAGUAUUGAAAUGCUGCCGCGUCCACCCCUGCACCAACUGCAGGAAGCGUGGCGAGGCCAACUCCUGCACCUUUGUCGGCCGCGGACCACGAGGCAAGACCUCGCAAGGGCGCGCGAGUCCCACACAUGUCCAGGAUCGGUUGCAACACCUAGAGAACCUGAUCUUAUCACUAACGCAGCAAAAGAUGCUGGAGCAGCCCACAGAGACAAAUGGGGAUGGCGCGGGAACCGGGCAAGAAGAGGUGAACUUCGCCGCUCUGGAAUCGACCAACGCAGGAGAAGCACCCUUCGCGAACUCGACCUGGAUCCAUACGGAUGAUACUGGGACUGAUGAGAGUCAACGCAGAUCAGGGGUGGGGCUGGCGUCAAGGCCCCAUCCUCUGACACCGGAGGAAUCGCCGUCUGACCCACCGGGGAAGCUGGUGGCCCAAGAAGCUGGAACGAGGUACGUUGAUGGGGCUCACUGGAGAGCUGUACUGGAGGAGAUCAGCGAAGUGAGGGAGUAUUUGCGCGAACAAGAUGUACACUCGGACGAUGAGCUUGCUCAGCAGGAUGAAAAGAGCGUGACUGCACCAACUUUGCUGUUAGGACUGCACAAACCCCUCAGAAAGGAGGAGCUGCUGGCACAAAUACCGCCGCGGCCGGUGACUGAUCGCCUGGUGGCGCAGUGGCUUAAUAGCAAAGAGCCUGUGAUUGGCAUCACGCACAUUCCAACGUUUCAAAAAGAGCAGUACAAUAAGUUCUGGGACCGCCCGCAUGAAGUCUCCUUGCCAUGGCUAGCUCUAUUAUCUGCCUGCAUCGCAAUGGCGCUUGCCUUCAAUCAGCGAAGUGGCGAUCCGACGCCCCUAUCACCUCAGGACCCUGCUGAGGCUCAGGAUUCGUUCCGCAAGCUCACAGCACAAUGUCUUGUUCAGUCGAAUUAUACCGCGCCUGCCAGGUACAAAGUUGAGGCACUGUUUCUCUACACUAUGAGCGAGUUCCUCCGGAGUGACGACGCACAAGUCGGGGUUUCCUUUCUUCUCGGUAUCACAAUCCGCCUGGCCAUCCGAGCAGGCUACCAUCGAGACCCCAAGCACUUUCCCGACAUGUCGGCCUUUGACGGUGAAAUGCGUCGACGCGUCUGGACCAUUCUUCGACAACUGGACACUUUAAUCAGUUUCCAGGUUGGCGUCCCCAGAACAAUCCAAGACUGGCAACAUGACGUGGAAUUACCCCGUAACAUAUCCGACGAGGACUUCGAUGAGAGCACCGAGGAACUACCCCCUUCCCGCCCUGAUAAAAUCUUCACGUUAGUGUCCUACACCCGUGCCAAGGCACGCAUCAUGACUAUAUUCGGCAAAAUCUCAGAUCUAGCAUAUUCGCGCGAGCCCGUUACCUACGAGGUGACCCAGGCUCUCGACCGUCAACUUGACGAAGCACACGAUCAGGUGCCUUACUCUUUCAAGAUGCGUCCUGUCAACCAGUGCAUUGCGGAUCCCUCCGACCUCAUCUUCCGGCGAUACACUUUGGAGCUACUGUACUUGAAGGCGCGGUGUGUGUUGCACCGGAGGUAUCUGGGCGAAGACCACAACAACCUCCGCUAUGCCUACUCGCGGUGGGUGUGCAUGAGUUCCUCGAAGGAUAUUCUUCGCCACCAAGCAGAUAUUCACCACGAAACGCAGCCAGGGGGGCUGUUAUACCGGGAUAGACUGUUCCCCAACGCGCUGCAAUAUGCAGACUAUCUGCUUGCAGCCAUGAUCAUUUGUCUGGAAUUGUCACAUCAGCGCACAGGGACGCCACCGCUCGGUGGAGGCACGAAUGAUGAUCUCGCGGUGGUGGUUCGGGGUCAGGAGGAGCUGUUGUCGGCGUUGGAGAUGUCGCAUGAGAUAUUCGAUAAGAUGCGUCGACGGUCAGCAGAUGCGCAGCUGGGGUAUGCCGCAAUGACGAUCAUGCUUCGUUGGGUGAAGCAGCAGCGUUCGGGGCAGAAGGAUCAGCAGCAACAGCAGCAGCAGCAGCAGCAGCCAAGCAUCUCAGCUUAUCCCCCGGCAUACGGAAGCUGGCAAUUGGAGGGUGCAAACUCGCUAGAUGCGCUGGACUUCCAGCCGAUGGACGGUGUAACUCCGGGCUAUGCUUCUCUGGACGUCAUCGGCGAUAUGCUGGAUAUGCCUACGAACAUGGAUUGGCACCUGUGGGAUCUACAGAUACAGGGCGUCGAGAGACCGAAUCCAGGUAGUACAUGGACCCAACUGGAUUUCAACGAUACGCUUCAAGGAAAUUAGCCAGCUACAUACCACUGCGAAGGGGCAACUACAAGCCUGAUUAUGACUCAGAUAACUUGAGACGAAGUGAUAUAAUAAGUCCUAUUGCGAGAAGGCAACCGCAAGCCAACAAUGCAUGAC